GAGUUUCCAAUAGUUUUACACCAUCUGUGAAGACAUAUAGUUAUUUUUCUGAUUUCACGGUUUUGUGUUAUUGCUUGCGCGUUCUGAAGAAUCUAGAAAAUUCUGUAACCCCUCAAAUAUAAUUUCAAUCGAUAGUUCUGCCUAGUGAUUGCGUCACAUUGAUACGAGCGAUUUAAAAUUCAUUCCUUUAACACCUGAAAAAUGUCUAUGUUCGGAGGAAUGCUAGGAGACCUCGAGGAUGACCCUAUUUUCGGGUCUCACAUGCAAUCCAUGCAACACAUGAAUAGCAUGAUGAACUCACUGUUCAGCAAUCCCUUCGGAAUGAUGGGACCAGCUCUGAUGGGACCAGAGCCACGUGGACGUCACCGUCACAACCAAAUGAUGCCCUUUGGAUUCGGAAUGCCACCAUUUAACAUGAACAACAUGUUCUCGCAAUUCGAUAAUAUGGGUCAGGAUCCAAAUUGUCACGGAAUGUCUUCCACUUCGAUUAUGGCUUACACAAGUGGACCAGACGGACGUCCUCAGGUGUAUCAGGCCUCUAGGUCAACUCGAGCUGUCCCAGGUGGAAUUAAGGAAACUCAAGAGUCCGUUUAUGACUCUCGCACUGGAACCAAGAAAAUGGCUAUUGGCCAUCACAUUGGAGAGAGAGCUCACGUAAUUGAAAAACAAAAGAAUCUCAAUAAUGGUGAUGAGGAGGAGCAUCACGAAUUCAUCAAUCUCGAAGAGGAAGAGGCAGACACUUUCAAUCAAGAAUGGGAGCAUCGCGCCAGAGGCUCACGUGGACAUCGCAGUGAUCGUGCUAUUGGACAUGAGCAUGGCUCCCAGCACAGAAAACGCUCGGAGCCCAGACGUCUUGCUCUCACUGACGGUUCUUCAAGUAGUCGUCAAAGUAGUCGUUCAAGGUGGGCACCAUCUGCGAGAAGAAGCCUAAGACCUAGUUCCAAUGUUAGCUCCUCCAGUACUGCAGAGGGAGAGACAAGAGCAAAAACACCAGAGGCAUCGAGCAGUCGUAAACGCGAACACGACGUUGAGACUGAAACAACUCAUAAACGUCACAUGUCUAAUAGUCAUGAUUAGUAACAUCAGCUGACAUUAAUGGAGUCUCAAACUUACUUCAAUGGCUCGAACUAAAAUAAAUGUGGAAGCUUUACAAUAUUACUAUCGCCACUUGGCGUUAUCUAUAUUCUCCAGUACAAGUAUUUCCGUAAAAUAUCAAAUGUAGUUUUUGUCGGUGAACGUAGCACACACAUCUUCAGCAGCCGUCGAUGUGCAGAUUGGAACAGAUUAACAUCUGCUCCUCUCUGAGAUUACUGAGUAAUCGGAAGGAAGUGACACAAAUAGUAUAUCAUAAGUUAGUAUAUAUUUUUGACAGAGGCUCUGUUACAUCUCGAAGAAGCUGAAGUAUUAGGUAAAUUAAUGUUCGAAUGAUUAUUCAAAUUUCGGGGAUACUUAUAGCAAUUUACUUUCGUCCCACUUGUAAACAUUCGAUUUUCAUUUUUUAAGAAAAUAUAAUUCAUGACAGCCA